AACCAGCAGCAGCGAGAUAUAGAUGUGCUUGGUACCGAAUAGUACCGAGUCAAGAAACUCGGAUUUCAUCAAACAAAAAUAACAACAGAACACUCUUCGGUCGGCAACUAAUAAGUACGGUACCAUACACCGCAAUAAGCGACGCGGUAUAUAAUCGAUAUAGAAAGCGCGUUUUUGUUGAUUGUUUAGUACUGCCUGGUACCAAUUUUUUCCGAAAAUGUCGUUUUUCAAAAUCAAGCCCAUCUGGAAGGGAAAUUCUAAACAUAAAAAAUUAUCGUCGUCAGAUGACAAGGCGCAGCAAAACGGCAAAGAAGUAAUCAUCGAAACCGACGCCCAGGAACCGGAAAACGAGGUUGCCACUUUCAAACUAAAAUACUUGGGCAGCACAGCGGUUGACAAAAACGCCGACAAAGCCACCAUCAGCUCUGAAGCGGUCAAAAACAUUAUUAAAACCGCCAAAGCAGUCCGCAAACAACAGAAAAAGUUGCAAAGAGUCAUUGUUGCCAUUUCAGUGCAAGGAAUUUCCGUUACUGACUUGGAUGGCAACGAUAUUUUUAAAGUUUCUAUAUACAAAAUCUCAAAUUGUGCCUCAGACUCAAACCACCGUCAAGUAUUCUCCUUUAUUUCCACCGAUCAGUCAAAUGACAAAAUGGAAUGCCACGCCUUUUUUUGCUCCAAACGAAAAAUAGCCGAUACAGUUACUUUGACAGUGGGCAAAAUUUUCACUAGUGCCUACGAGGCUUGGGUUGAUUCACCAAAUAAUCAACAGGAGGUUGUCAGUGAAGCUCCAAUAACACUCAACAAACCUGUAGUUGUCAAUGAGGAAAAAUUAAUUGAUUUUGAUAGUGAAGGCGUCGAGGACGAUGAUUGGGAAUUUGAUGCACUUUGCAGUAAUAAUAAGACUAACAAUAGCCAAUGGGUAUCAUUUGAAGAUGAUUUUGCCAAAGUUCCACCCCAGAACAACUUAAUCUUAGUUUAAUAAUAAUUAUCAACAUUUUGUAUAUACUAAUAACUGCAAAUAUAUAUACUUAGUUUUAGAUUAUCUUUAUUUAUUUAUUUGAUUAAUUAAAUGACGGCGCACAAAAAUUUGAAAUUACACUGGCUUAAAUCUAAAAAAACUAUAACUAAAAUUCACGUCUGUGGUAUUUGUCGGGAUCAAAGUACGAAGUAACAACGACUCUGUUGCUGAAUUUUCUUCCUGUAAGAGUUUGCUGGGCCUUUUGACAAUCCAAAACUGAAUUGAAUUCCACGAAAACCUGUAACAAAAAUUUGUGAAUUUUUUCAAUACAAUGAAAAUUCUUGCUUACUUUUCCACAUCCAGGCACUUCGACACCUUCAAUCGGCCUGGGAAUUUCUAUACUUCUCACCACUCCGUACUUAUUGCACUCCUCUUUGAUAUCCUCCAAAAUAUCUUCAUAUUCUUCUUCGUCUUUGAGCUCAUCAGGAGUGACCAUGUUUAAAAGACACAAAACUUCGGUUGCCGGUCCUGAAGCGCCCACCAAACUCAGACCGGGCACUUGGAUUUGGACUGCUGGCAACACUGUAGCGUUUUUAGCUCCUACGCUGGCUCUUUGUACUAUUAGGCGUUUGUCGCCCAAUUGCAUACC